ACGAAGCACACUCCGAGGCACGACAAUAUGUUCGACGACCUAUUCAAGCUGCUGCGCAGCCCACGCUGGGUCAACUCGCCCAUCGCGCGCCGCUUCGGCUUCGGCGCCGAGCUGUCCUACGAGGAAGACGGACUGGAGGAUGCACCGUCGAACUGGACCAAGAUCUCCACAUCCGGCCACCGCCCGCCGGUGCGAAGCGGUCACUCGUCUCUAGUUGUUGACGACAUGAUGUACGUCUUUGGCGGCUACAACGACGGCAACUGUCACAAUGACAUCUAUGCGUUCGACCUGGUGCGGCACCACUGGCUUCGCAUCGAGACCUCCAACGGCAUAUCGCCAGACGGUCGCGCCUCACACGCCUUUUGUGCUUCUACUGACAAUACGAAGCUUUACCUGUUUGGUGGAUCAGGGCCGCACUGGGGGCAAACCAACAUGGGUAAAUUGUUGCAAUUCAACAUUCGCGAUAAGAACUGGACAAUUGUCGAGGCGGAGGGUACGCAACCGCCACCAGGAUACGGACAGAGUUUGUGUGCGAUCAACAACAAGCUAUAUCUUUUUGGCGGUACCUCCGGGCAUGUGUACGUGAACGAUUUGUACGUCUUUGAUGAAGUUACCAAGAUCUGGAGGAAGGAAGAGACCAUCGGCAAGCGCCCCAGUCCACGAUACAAGCAUCAAGUGGCUAUGGUCGGAAAUCGCAUGUACGUUGUGGGCGGUGGUCUAUACGAUCCUCCAAAAGGACCCAUCGACACGUACUACCUUGACGUAGACACACUUGAAUGGCAUGAAGUGGAAUGCGGUGGUGAUAUACCAAAGUCUCGGAUCGCUCACACGAUCUCACAACUGUCCAGUGACCCUUCACGGCUUAUCAUGUUUGGAGGACGUGAUGACAGCGGAUCGCGGCAAAAUGAGCUGAGCGAGCUGAAUUUGUGGACUGGUGAGUGGCGAAUUUACUACAACGAGGAGGGAUUUCAGCCGGACGCUCGUGAUUUUCAUACGAGCGUGGUUCACAAUCAUCGCAUCUUCGUGUUUGGUGGUUCCAACGGCGUGGAGCGGAACAAUGAUGUAUUUCGCUACACAAUGACUCACCAGCCGUCGACGCUGUUGAUCCUAGCCAUGCAGGUUGUACACCAGAAUUUGGACUACAUUCCAAAGGAGGAUUUAGAAGCGCUGCCAUUUGAGCUGAAAACUGGCGUCCGAAAUAUUAACCCCGACGUGGAAUGUUCCUCCAACCCGACCUGGUAUGUGCUUGAAGAACAGAAGGAAAAUAACGCUGCACCAGUGAUGUAG